AUUGAUUUGUAGAUAUUUAUGAAUCAUACAUGUUGGUUGGAAAGUUGUAGUCUUUAGAUUCUUACACAUUCACCAACCACUGAGCUACUUGAAAUGCAGUAACUGACAUGCAUCAGGUUGGUGAAAGUUAAACUAUGAGCUCAGUUAAGCUUCUAGUUUCUUCAAAACAGCAUUGCAAGAGAACUGGAUUCCUCAGUUACUAAUUGAAGGAUUUUUCAGAACACUACUACGAUGCUGGUGUUUAUUGCUUGCAAUAAAUGCAUGGUGGCCUGAUAGUAUGUGUGCUAUUUAAGACUAAAAUGGAGACACAAGCAACUAAGGACUUUUAUCGAAAGAUGGCGUCUGCAAAUGAUUCAAAAUGGCAGAAAGAUGCAGCAGACCAGAAUUUCGACUAUAUGUUCAAGCUUCUGAUCAUUGGCAAUAGCAGUGUAGGCAAGACCUCGUUUCUCUUUAGAUACGCAGAUGAUUCCUUCACAUCAGCAUUUGUCAGCACAGUGGGAAUAGAUUUCAAAGUUAAAACAGUAUUUCGUCAAGACAAACGUGUGAAAUUACAAAUAUGGGACACAGCAGGCCAGGAGAGAUACAGGACAAUCACCACAGCAUACUACAGAGGUGCUAUGGGCUUCAUCCUCAUGUAUGAUGUCACCAAUGAGGAGUCUUUUAAUGCUGUGCAAGACUGGUGCACACAAAUAAAGAUGUACUCUUGGGAUAACGCACAAGUUGUCCUAGUGGGCAAUAAGAGCGACCUAGAGGAGGAGCGUGUGGUCACAACUGAGCGAGGAAUGCAGCUCGCACACCGCCUAGGUCUGGAGUUCUUUGAAACAUCUGCCAAGGAGAACAUAAAUGUGAAGGCAGUCUUUGAGCGCCUAGUAGACAUCAUCUGCGAGAAAAUGUCUGAGAGUCUGGAUUCAGACCCCACAAUUGUCAGCAACCAAAGAGGAGGCACCAGACUUACAGAAACACCAAACCAGCAGGCUAGCAAUUGUCAGUGCUGAAUAACUAUAUGGUCAGGGCAGAGGCAGAUACAGUGGGAGGGAGAGGGAUGGCCUCCAUGGGGAUUAUGUUGAUAGAAUUCUCAUAUACUGGGACGGACAGUUGUACAGAUAGAGAACUAUUUAUAUUCACUCAUUGGGCUAACAUGAAAAUUGGGAAUAUAUAAUGCAGUUCAAGUUGACAAGAGGUGGGUUGGGGGGAAGGGUAGAGAAUCAGUGUUGUAUAUAUUUGAGAAAAAUUAACUUGCCCUCACAUGUACCUCUAGCCACAACUAAGUGCAAUCAAAGUAAAAAUAUAUAUGUCUUUAAUUCUGACAAUUGUAAUCAUUAUCAUUUAAUCGCAAAAGGGAAAAUUUGAACCAUUUCAUGUUAACCAGUAUAGUGUUGUCAGUAAAUUUUUUCAGAAAAGAAAAUGAACGUAAUACAUGAAUACCAAUUAUUCCAGUGUGCUUAUGUCUUCAGGUCGUGUGAAUUUAUUCCUGUCCCAAAUAUUCGGAGGCAUAUUACAACUCCCUUCAUUUACUUGGCUAUUCUGGUACCUAAAAUGUUGUAUCAGCAUUAGUUUUGUGGAAUAUCAGGUGAUAGAAUUUUAUAGAAUGUAGUGUGUGUUAUUAUUUUCAAAUGUAUUGGACACCAUACUUGCAAAUUAAUCCAUGCUAGGUAUCGUGAGUUAGAAAUCCCUGUCCCCAGAGUAAGCACAUUCCACCAAGUAUAUUGAAAUUAUUUGUACACCCAUUGUUGUAUAUAUCUAAGUAUAACUAUAUCUAUAUCUAUAUAAAUCUCUUUUUGGCAUACUCUUCUAUGCUUGGCAUAUGUCAUUCCUUGGGGUACAAUGGUCCAAGAAUUCCACACAGCUUUUAAACUUACUGUUAUGGUUGUGAAAUAUAAUUUAGGCAUUGUUGUUUUUUAAAGUUGAUUUGUCUUAGUUGGGUUUGCAUUUAGACAGUUGCUAGAGUAUCCCUUUGGUGAGAUAUGAAAUUAUUUGUUAAAUCAGAAGUAUUGAUUUUUUUCUGUCAAGUAAGGAGGCUUUAUUGUAUCUCUUUUGUUCAAUUGUGCUGCAUUUCUACAUUUUGCUGCAUUUAACUACAGGACCAUUAACAGAAUGUAUAAGUGGGGGUGAAAUAAUUGUAUUAUACAGCUGUGUUCAUUGUGUCAUAUUCCCUGUUAGAUCAUUGUGUUCUAUUCACAAAAUGAUACAUGGGCAUGACAAUUUGGAAAGAUGAAUGGGGAGAGGAUUCAAUUAAUUCAGAAGUGUGGUGCUUUAAUACUUACAUGUAUGUGAAGGGAUAAGUAAGCAAAGUCUUUAAUGAUUUAUGUGUGCAAUUGUUACAUGUAGGUAUAAAUAGAUGCCUUUAGAGCAUCCCUAAGUUGCAGUUGUUUUACAAUAAGAAGUUGGAUAUUUCACUAACCAGUUAGCGGCAUUUCAACAGCUGACUAUAUAUUAAGAAGUUUUAUGACAUUUUGUGUAAUGCAUUCUGUUAGAAUAAUAAUAGUGUUUAUAGUUUAUGUGAUUAAGGUAGAAGUUUUCUUUUAAAGGAUGAAGAUAAUCUUGUCAAUAUGUCACCACAGCUUUAAAUGAACUUUUAAGACCAAGUUUUGUGUUUUUGGACCAAGCUUUGCAUUUUGGAAGAAAAGGGAGGUGUCGGAUAACAGUGUUAUUAAUAAGUUAACUAAUUUCUAGACUAAGGAGAGUUAUGGAAAUCCUGUUAUAUGAUAAUGUUGAUGGGAGAAAAAUAUUGAUUAAGGUUUCUGAUAUAUAUAUAACUUCUCUGUAAAAAUAGCCAAGGAUAAUUUUACAAAGUAUGAUUUCUGGAGAUCCCAGUAUACUGUGAAGAGAGUAUUGAUUUCCAUAAGCUUGCAGCAUUCUCCACAUCCGUUUGCAUUGCUUGUGAGCUUAUUGAUCUUCCACACUGCCAGACAUGAAUAUUGCAUUUAGAAAGAUCUUCAAGAUUCACCGCUUCCUUGAGUUUCUGAAAUCUAAUCACAUUCCAUCUUGCCACUUAAAGAAUACAAUUACAAACCUUAAAGUCACAUUUACCACUUAUCUCCCACCAACCAGUCCCCAUGGUGUUAUUUUAUGGCCUAUUAGACACUGAAGCAGGACAGAGAAUGCUGUCUCUAAGGUGGGGGGAUUUGUAAACGUCAAUCUUGACUGUUAAAUAAGUAUAUUGGAAAUGUCUCAAAGGGGGUUCAAGACAAUAUGGGGGAAAACGGCUAUAAUUUUUGUAAGUCUGUCUUUUAUUUUGUAUCUUUUUCAUGAUAUUUUUGCCAUAUUUAAGUGCAGAUAUUGUUUAACGGUUCAUCAUACUAAACCAGUUUAUUGCAUGGUAUUGUUUGCUAGAUUUUUUUGCUAUGUUUUACAAUUUUUCCUUUGCUAGAGGACCAGUGGGAACUAUGAAAUGUACACCCUUGAACUUCAGAUUAACAUCUCUCAGUACGUUUAUGAAGCACAGUCAAAGUCGAUUUGAGUGAAGAAGAUACUUCAUAGGUAAUAGAAAAACUUGUUAGACAGUUACUAGAUAUUUCGUAACAUUUAAUGUGUGAAUGUACUAAGGUGAUGGCAUCCUAGAUAGAUCAACUUGUACUUGUUUAUCGGAAAGUGCAUAGGACAUUGCAUUCAGUUAAUUUAUGGUAUACUUCGACUUAAUGUUCAAGAUGUGCAAUGAGAAUUAUCACCAAAAAUUGGAGAUAUGUGUAGGAUUCUAGUCCAGGCUGAUCAAAUAAUAAAAAGGAUUCAAGUGCAUGUGAGAUAAAAGCUGGUUGCUAGCUACUUUCUGGCACACCAAUUUCUUGUGAUAAUCUCCAUUCCAUCAUUUGUGUUCGAGUUCCAUGCAAACAAAUUAUAGCUCAUUAUGAUGUGCAUAUGUGAAUGCCCAAAAUUGGAAAUAAAUGCUGGUAUUGCACCCA